AGAGAGGGGAAGACAGGGUGAGAGAAGGCAGCCUUUAUUCAGGCUUUCUUUACUCCAGACGGUUUUCUGCUUCUUGUGUCAAGGAUGUGGCUUGUUAGUAGUAGUGGACGACCACACUUUAUGUAUAUUCUAAUACUUGCUUCUCUACAGCUUUGGGGAAGACUUUCAGCUUCUACUUUUCCUCCUCCUCCUCCAUCUCCUCCUCCAGCACCUACCCUGGAAAUAAAUUUGAGAUCAAAGGACUCACUGGUUCUGGUUUGCCGAGCACCUGAGGGACACCAUGGGGUGGUGUUCAUGUUGUACAGGGUCAGAAAAAAGGUGGACUCUCGGGACCUGCAGUCUGGUGCUGACCAGGUUCAGUUCACUGUCAGGAUGAGAGAGUUGGGUUCAGACCAAAAUAACCUUUACUGCUGUCAGUACAAGAACCAGGAGGGCCACUACAGUGUGGUCAGUUCCUACUUAGAAUUGGACUACCAAAAAGAUGUGCUCCCAGACAUACUUCCAGUUCCUACCCUUGCUCUGGAUCAGCAGACAGAUGUAUGGCAUUUGCUCUGCACGGGGUCUCCUGCAUACCCCGGCGCUGUGUUCUCACUCUUCCUGGCAGAUCAAAGGCUUCCUGUUGCCACACUUCAUGCCAAGGUGAUCCAACAUCAAGUGAUCUUUCCAGUGCCUGUCCAGGACACUCCAGUUGCUUUGUACCAGUGCCAGUACAGCAUCCUACUGGCAGGGAAGUGGAGCAACUCUGAGCGAAGCAUCGCGUUGGCUGUAACCAGAGGAUCCAUCUAUCCAUUGUCAACAGACUCAUCACAUGUGGAUUGGCCUCUUGUGUUGGGUUCUUUCUCUGCUGUGGUAUUGUUCCUCUGUUCAUUGAUAGUUGUGGCUGUGGUGGGACACAAGAAAGUAAAAGCAGCUGCAGAGGAAAAGAAGAAAAGGGAGGAGGCCCAGUUCUGGACUCAACUUCAUGCCAAAGACCAUAUUGUUGUGCUUAAUGAUGUUUUCAGACCUUAGACUCAGCCGGACAAGCUUCACUUCUCAGGAAUGGAUCAGCAGGGAUGCUGAAACAGCCUCCAGACCCCAUCUUUGGAACCCUGUGUCCACAUUCACUCCAAUCCAUUAGAAAUGUUUGUUUCCUCUCUCCCUUCCUCUCUCUCUCUCUCCCUCUCUUUGUGCUUGUAUAUACUUUAACAUAGUUUAUCAGUGUAGCAUCAGAUGGCGUCACACAGCAGGACAGGAAAGGCUGUUUCCUCAGUUCCUAUUUUCAUGCGCAGCAGCAACAGUACAGGUUGACAGGAUGCAAUGUUUGUUUGAUCUUGCAUGUAACUGAGCCAAUGAAUCUAAAUACAGAUUUUAUUAUUGGG